CUUCUUGUUGGCUUUGUCUCAAUUAAGUAUAGGCUAAUAAAAUCAUAGACUUCCCCCGCCAGCUUUCAUAUAUUUAACUAAGAUAAUAUAAGCUAAUAUUUUCGGAUGCGAUGGUGCAGUACGACUACUUGCCCGGACUAAACAUGAGUGAGAUCGCGGAGCUGAAAGCGGAACUUGAGCACAAUCCAACCCCAGAGCAGCUUGAGACCUAUGUCCGGGAUCGAACGUGGAGCAACGCGACCUUUCCGCAAAAUGCGACAAUCACCGCCGCGUGCUCGGACGAGCUUUGGUUUCCUCAAUCGCGAUUCCUCCCGGGUGGGACCCCGAAUAGAACACUAGCCUUUCCUAUCGACCAUUGCUUGAGCCAAAAGACGGGCGAUCAAUGUCGAUUGCUCUACCACAUGCCCAUCGGAGUGGUCUUGGUCAUCUGCAUUCUGCUCAAAGUUGUAUGCAUGACCUUUUUGGUGAACAUCGACCGCCACAACCGGUUCUUGACCAUUGGCGAUGCGAUUUCGUCGUACCUGCAGCGCCCGGAUUCAUGGACCGUGAACUGGUGCAUGCUCUCAAAGUCAACCGUAAAGACGAGUACGGCAUGCCCUUGGGGAGACUCGUGCGACCCCGAGGUGAGAGGCGGGCCGCUGCCACUUCCUCCUCACCCCGGAAAGCCCUCGACCAAAGUCAAACUGUGGUCGAAGGCGUGCAAGGCCUGGGUUGUCCUGUCAAUCUUUCCACUCCUUGGGGGGUACAUCGCCAUCACGCAGAUUCUUCCCGAAAAGGCCCAAGCGGCCGCGGGGAACUUGGACUAUUCUGACGUCAGGAUCACGCAGGUAUGGAAUAUCAAGGGCUUUGGCUCUGUGCAGUCCGGCGCCCUGCUCACGAACCUCGCCACUACGUACGUGGGGAUGGAGCUGCUCGCCAACACCCCGCAGUUUCUAAUCUCGUUGCUCUACAUGCCGUUCAACGACUGUCUGACCCGGAUGCUGCACGCGGUCGACUACAGCACUUACGCGGUUGCCCGGCGGCCGCUGCGGGUCUCGUUCCCCGAGGGCCAGCAGCGAUCCACCUUCUAUCUGGCCAUUCCGUACCGGUACAGCCUCCCGCUGCUGCUGACGUUCACCCUCAUACACUUCUUCAUCUCGGAAGGGCUGUUCUACGUGCAGAUCCUGCCGUACGAUCUGGCCGGACAGCCACUAGAGGCUGCAGUGCUGAUGACGUGCGCCGUCUCCACUAUUCCGCUCGAGAUAGCGAUGUUCCUCACCAUCAUCAUUCUCCUGGUAAUCUGGGUGCUCUCAGGCCGGCGGCACAAGUGUCGAGCCAUGCCCUUUGCCAUCGGAUGCAGUGUGGCCAUCAGCGCGGCGUGUCAUCCACCCCCCGGCGAUGCGGGUGCAGCGUUCAAGCCAGUUAUGUGGGGUGCCGUGAAGGAUGGGGAAGAUCCGGCUGUGGCAUCGCAUUGCUGCUUUACAUCCUUGGAAGUGACUGAGCCCCUGGAAGACCAUCUGUAUGCUUAG